CCUCGGGGGGGGACCCCCACUCCCCGUCCUGGAGCCCAAGAACCCCUACCGAGGUAGUCCGGCAGGAAGUAGAGCCCGCUCACCCCUGAUGCUGCUCCCAGGGUCUAGAAGAAGACCUGUGUGUGGGGCUGCAGGAACUGGGGCCCCCUUUUCCUGCCCCAGCUGCCAGGAGUCAAGUACUAGGCACCAGGCGGUUACUUUUUGUCCAUUUGCUGAAUGUAUGCACCGAGCAGGGUGGCUACGUAGUUUAAGAGCAAGCGGCCACAGGCCCUGGGAGACCAGAAGAAGAUUUCCUGGCCAUUCAGCAUGGUUUCCCAGGGAUCCUCGCCCUCCCUCCUGGAAGCCCUGAGCAGCGAUUUCCUGGCCUGUAAAAUAUGCCUGGAGCAGCUCCGCGCCCCCAAAACGUUGCCCUGCCUGCACACCUAUUGCCAAGGCUGCCUGGCCCAGCUGGCCGACGGCGGCCUCCUCCGCUGCCCCGAGUGCCGCGAGACCGUGCCCGUGCCGCCCGCGGGCGUGGCCGCCUUCAAGACCAACUUCUUCGUCAACGGGCUCCUGGAUCUGGUGAGGGCCCGGGCUGGUGGAGACCUGCGUGCGGGGAAACCCGCCUGUGCACUGUGUCCCCUGGUGGGGGGGGCGGGCACCGGGGGCCCGGCCACAGCCCGGUGCCUGGACUGCGCGGAUGACCUGUGCCAGGCGUGUGCCGAUGGCCACCGCUGCACCCGGCAGACCCACACCCACCAGGUGGUGGACCUGGUGGGCUACAGAGCGGGUUGGUAUGACGAGGAGGCCCGGGAGCGCCAGGCGGCCCAGUGCCCCCAGCACCCUGGGGAGGCCCUGCGCUUCCUGUGCCAGCCCUGCUCCCAGCUGCUGUGCCGUGAGUGCCGCCUGGACCCCCACCUGGACCACCCCUGCCUGCCACUGGCCGAGGCCGUGCGCGCCCGGAGGCCCGGCCUGGAGGACCUGCUGGCUGGUGUGGACAACAGCCUGGCCGAGCUCGAGGCCGCCCGGAUGGUGGAAAAGGAAGCCUUGGCCCGGCUGCGGGAGCAGGCGGCUAGAGUGGGGACCCAGGUGGAGGAGGUGACCGAAGGGGUCCUCCGGGCCCUCCUGGCCCAGAAGCAGGAGGUGCUGGGGCAGCUACGGGCCCACGUGGAGGCUGCCGAGGAGGCCGCCCGGGAGAGACUGGGGGAGCUGGAGAGCCGGGAGCAGGUGGCCAGGGCAGCGGCCGCCUUCGCCCGUCGGGUGCUCAGCCUGGGCCGCGAGGCGGAGAUACUCUCGCUGGAAGGGGCGAUUGCCCAGAGGCUCCGGCAGCUGCAGGGUUGUCCCUGGAUGCCUGGGCCGGCCCCCUGCCUGCUGCCCCGGCUGGAGCUCCAUCCUGGGCUCCUGGACAAGAACUGCCCCCUGCUACGGCUCUCCUUUGACGAGCCCCAGCUCCAGAAGGACAGUGGGAAAGAUGAAGCGGGAAGCCAGGGAGGGGAUGAAGCUCAGAGCCGCACGCAGGGUGGAGCCAAGUUCGAGAGACAAGGUGGAAUCCAGCCCCAGAGCAGGGAUGGAGCUUACACCCCAAAGGAGGACAGAGUCCAGACACCCCAGGAAGAUGGAGCCCAGACUCCAAAGGAGGACAGAGCCCAGACACCCCAGGAAGAUGGAGCCCAGACCCCAAAAGAGGGCAGAGCCCAGACACCCCUAGAAGACGAAGGAGCCCAGACCCCGAGGGGCAGCAGAUCCAACAAGAAGAGAAAGUUCAAAGGCAGGCUCAAGUCAAUUUCCCGGGAGCCCAGCCCAGCACCUGGGCUAAACCUGGAGGGCUCUGGCCUCCUCCCCAGGCCCAUUUUUUCCUGCAGUUUCCCCACACGGAUGCCUGGAGACAAGCGGUCUCCUCGGAUCACGGGACUCUGUCCCUUCGGUCCCCGGGAGAUCCUGGUGGCCGAUGAGCAGAACAGGGCACUGAAGCGCUUCUCCCUCAGUGGUGACUACAGGGGCACGGUGCCCGUCCCCGAGGGCUGCUCCCCGUGCAGUGUGGCCGCCCUGCAGGGGGCUGUGGCCUUCUCGGCUGGCGCGAGGCUCUACCUCAUCAGCCCCGACGGCGAGGUGCAGUGGCGCCGGGCCCUGAGCCUCUCCCAGGCCAGCCACGCCGUGGCCGCGAUGCCGAGCGGGGACCGGGUGGCCGUCAGCGUGUCGGGCCACGUGGAGGUGUACAACAUGGAAGGCAGCCUGGCCACCCGGUUUAUCCCGGGAGGCAAGGCCAACAGGGGCCUGCGGGCCCUGGUGUUCCUGACCGCCAGCCCCCAGGGCAAUUUUGUGGGGUCCGAUUGGCAGCAGAAUAGCGUGGUGGUCUGUGAUGGGCUGGGUCAGGUGAUCGGGGAGUACCGGGGGCCGGGCCUGCACGGCUGCCAGCCAGGCUCUGUGUCUGUGGAUAAGAAAGGCUACAUCUUUCUGACCCUUCGCGAGGUCAACAAGGUGGUGAUCCUGGAUCCGAAGGGGUCACUGCUUGGUGACUUCCUGACAGCCUAUCAUGGCCUGGAGAAGCCCAGGGUGACCACCAUGGUGGACGGCAGGCACCUGGUUGUGUCCCUCAGUAACGGGACCAUCCACGUCUUUCGGGUCCGCCCUCCUGAUAGUUAAAGGGCUAGGACUGGGGAGGGACUCGGGGAGGGUAGGGGAGGGGGGAGGGCUGUAGGGAGAGAGGAGGGAGGCGAGGCAGCCGUGGGAUGUGGUGGCUGAGGGCAAUUUUCCCAGAGGGCAGGGCCUGGUACCCUUUCAAUGUGAAGUGCCAAACUGCUAACCCCUUGUGGGGGGGGGUGCAAGGAGGGGACAAAGGGCGGUGGUGUGACCCCAGCUCUCAGAAGCAGAGGAGGAGGGGAGGAGGCGCCGGAGCUAACCGUGCCUCCUAUUUGUGGGUAACUGCCUCGUCGCCACUGCCUUUAUAGAUCAGGUUUCUGAAAUUCGUGAGUGUUCUUCGAAACCAUUCCCAAUGGAAUGGCCCAGGGAGAGUCUGAGUGUGUUUUGGGGGGGAGAGGGGGGUUGGGGAGCUUUGGCAGAAGGAAUCCGUGGAGCCAAGAAGGGCUCAGGUAUGUCAGGCAUGUGCCUUCUGGAAGAGAGCUGAGAACCCAGCUUCCCCUCAGACUGGAACAGGGAGAUAGGCCAGGUUGCACGAGGCCUCGGAUUUUGACACGGCCGCAGCCAGGAAGUAGAGGCUCCUCGGUUCAUAGUGUCCCCCAGCAAAGUACAGAGAAAAUCUGGCCUUCGUUUGGCUGAACUAAAGGGUGAAGGGAUUUGCCCUCAGGUAGGCCAUUAUUGCUGAGGACAACAACCUUGCCCGAACCCUGGAGGCCAGGUGUGGGACUCCCGGGCCAAAGCAGCUGGAAAACCUGAGAAGUCAGUAGUGGGGCUGGGCUGGGUGGAGGAAUGAAAUCUGCUGGAGGUGAGCCGGGACCACAAGUCUCUUGCAUGGGCCAUGGACGUGUUGAGCCAGGAGCAGUUGCGUGAGGACCAAAGGGAAUUUAAUGUAGGGAUCGUGGACGAAGGAAUGUUCAUGGGAACCAGAGGGAUUUUGGACAAGUCCAGAGGGAAAGUGCAAGGCAUUCGGAGUGGGGAAAAGAAACCCCUUUUCUAGAGAGGUCAUUGUUUGUUCGUUGAAGUGAUAGGGGAAAUCGUCAAUGUCAAGCAGACAAAUUAAAUUAUAUAGAAACUUCAAACGUUUGUGUAGCAAAAAAUAAUGAAAGAUGAAAGGGAAACCAGUUAGGAGGAGGGAACUAUGUAGAAUUGGUCUGAGUAAGAGCUGAGCCUCCUGUAGAAACAGUGACCAAGAGAUGUACUUGGUUCAAAAGACCCAACAGGCUGGCCCCCAGGAGGAAACACACACAGGCCAGCACCAGGAAACUAUCAAAUAAAGUCAACCCUUUGCAUUUGCCAAAACUACAAUGAAGGGUUUUGUCGUGGGGUGACAGACUCCCAGCGCUAUGGAGCGCUGCUUUUUGGAGAGCCGUUUGACAAUACUUGACAAAGGUAGAAAGAAAUGACUAUAAGACUAAGUUAUCUCACUUUGGGGAAUACAUUCUGGGAAAAUAAUUCAAAAGAAAGAAAGUAUUUGCACAGAGAUAUUUGUGGCCACCUCUAUAUCACAGUCAUCGACUGGAAACUGCUUGGCUGUGGGGGACAGCCAAGUAGAUUGUGGUCUAUAAGGACCAUGAGCUAUUGCUUUCACAUAUGACAACUAUGAAAACUAUUUUGAAGGAUAUGAUGCUAUGUGAUGCAAUCAUAGCAAAAAAAAGAGAGAGAGAGAGAGAAUUUGGAAUUAUGACCACAUCAUGAUAACCACAAGGUAAAAUUAUGUCUGAAUAGUUAUCGAGUGGAAAUAGGUUCAACAUUUGUAAAUAGUGAUUUGGGAGACUGGGUUCUGGUCCUUUCGUGCUGUUACUCAUAUAUGCACAUUUCUACUUCAGUUAUAAUUGACCAUUAAAUAACAUGUAUGCUUGAAUAUUUACUUCAAAAACAUACACCUCUAUAAAUGAUAUUCGAGAAUAGCUAUUGGAUUUGCAAAUGAAUAUGUCAGUUAGAGCAAACGAGACCGUUUGAAGGAGAAGCAGGAGUCUGGAGAAUUCCCAGCUGGCUGGGACCUCCGGCAGGGAGGAAGGGCCAUCAGAGCCGGGGAUGGGGGGUGGUGUGUGAGUGUGGCCUGUCUGGUGACUGACCGAGGAACCUGCCCUGGGGAGGUAUGCAGAGGUCGGGGAGUCCUCCGGGGUGAUCAGAUCAUUAUGGAGUGUCCAAAAGACAAGAGAAGGUCUUGCUGAGUUCACCAACUAAUUCAGACCAAGUGGUGUUUCUAGGAAACCAACUAGUACCGGGUGAGUUGUAUGGGGGUGGGGACAAUGUCUUCUCUUCUUUGCAGCUCUAUUUGCAGAGAGCACAGUGAUGGCUCAUAGUAGGUGCUCAAUGAACGUCUGUGAAAAGAAUUUGUAUCUAGAAAAAGCACAAGAUAGCAAUAAGACUCUUUCCAGAGGUUUCCCACCUCAGAUGUCCAAACCCCAGCCAAUCAAGUUGUCCAAAACCUUGGCUUGUGGGAAAUCUCUGGUAGGGGGCACUGUGGACACAGGCCACCAUAUACCUCCCAGGGGGUGGCCCAGCUGAGUCACAAAAGAGAUGAGACUGGGGUGUCUUGCUUGUGUGUGAAGGGGGACCUGGUGAGUCAUAGGCUCUAGGGGAUCCUAUACCUUUGGGUUAGAAAAACAGUUUUGCAGAGCUGCAUGGGAACCAUGGGAAUGUCCCCUGGCUGCAAGAAGAGAAUCCCAUAGAUGCUUCAGAGCUAUAGGGACCACUUUCCAGGAAGCUGUAGGGAUCCUGGGAGGCCGGGCAUUGGAAGAUUGACGGAAGUACUAACUUUUCCUCAUUAAGGGGCAGGGGUAGCAAGGCACAGAACACUGGCAAAAGGUGAAACGGAAGGAAAGUACCAGCAUUGAGCAUAAUUUGGGGGUAAAAUCCCUAGCACCUUAACCGUGAUCUAGGAAUCCUUCACAGCACGACGAGAAAGUUCUUGGUUAAACUACAGAUGUUAAGAAAUCAGGAACAUCCUGAAAGAUAUAACCCCCCCACACACACACUCACACCCACAUUUGACUAUGACAGUUAACUUGAUCAAUCAUUCCAUUUCGUGUUUGGAACUUUCCAGGUUGUGCAUAUACUGGUGAAAGAAGCAUGCCAUUCGGGUAGAGAGAGAGGGAGUAGAAAACCUCUUCCACAGUCUUUGUGUCUAAUAAAGGGAAGGGAAUGAGGUAGCAGAGUCCUGGGUUGAUCUCCAGCUCCUCCAUGAAACAGCUGUGUGAUCUUGGCUAGCUUCCUAACUUCUCUGAACCUCAGUUGGUACAUCAGUAAUACGGGGAUCACAGUAGGCACCAUGCCCACCUCUCGGGGUUGUUUGUGAGUACUGGGUGAGAAGCACGGAGAAGUGCUCAAAUCCGAGGUAUGGGUUAGGAACAAGCUUAGCUGACCUGUGCUGACCUAACACAGACUCUUCCACUGGCUUAAGCCUGCGUGGGGGUUAUACGCACAUACUGUGAGGUUAAGCUUAAGAAGGUCCGGGUAGCGUUGUUACCUGUUUCUCCUUUGGAGGAGGUGUUUUGUUUUGCUUUGUAGCAGUUAUUUGAAGAAGCCAUAUGUGUAACUGUAGGAGCAGAAGGGACCAAAGGCCAGCUUGCUAAGACUCAGUGCUGUUCUGAAAGCCAGGUGAGAACCAGCCUGUGCCAAUGAAGGACUGAUAAGCAUAGACACUUAAGAAAAGUUCAAAAUGGCAAGCAUGGCCCGAUCUUUUGAUAAUUUAGAGGAAAUAUAAUUUGGGAGGGACUAGCUCUCCUGUCAUUGUAAUCUUGUUAUUACUGUAUCUAUAAAGCCAUGUCAUUCUAAUACAUGCUACAGAGGUAGAAUUCCAGAAGGGUAGAGGUCUGAGAGGGAAUUCGGAAAUCUUCUGAGGAAAUGGGUGAGGUUGGUGAUCUGGGCUGGGCAGGAUUUGAUAGGUGGGUGCCAAGAGCAAGGUGUUUGACCAUCUGUCUGUGACAGGGCAGCUGGCAACUACAGUUAUCUUGCAAAUGAAAUGGGAGAUUGGACAGGGCACAGAGGUCCACUUCGGGCGGGGGGGGAAGGUGGGGGGAGUGGUUUUGGACUAGCUGGGGUAGAGAGCUGCCAGGGUGCGUUCAAGAAGAUGUUCCUAGCAGGAGAAAAAUCAAGUUCAGAUGCAGGCUUAGGAAAAUAGGUAACUUGACUAAAGAUAGCAGAACCAACCUGCCCAACUUGUUCGUGAAUAUAGUUUAAUUAAAUGGGUCAGGACAGGAGCAAAAAUAGGUUUUCCAGGGACCACGGAUGGCCUUUGAUAGGAGAGUGGAGUAGGUACAGUGGGGUAAAGGCAGGACCUCACCUGAAGCCCCAAGUGAGGAGCCUUCAGGACCAGGUAGAGAAGGGCCUGUAUAUAAAGAGGCGAUUAGGAAGGAGUUUUGGGGAGAUUUGGGAAGACAACCUGACUUGUCUCCGGAGAAAGUCUGAACUGGUUGGCUUAGUAGCCAAGAGAGACGGGGUUGAAAACAGAAUCGGGACCUCGGUACCCAUGGUGUCAGCCCAGCAAAGUUUUCUUAGUUGCCUUGGGCUGAAGAAUAUGCGCGGGAAGCUUUCAUUCCUUCAUGUACUUCCUUUCUCCUGUUUCUUAAUAAAUUCUCUUGAAAAAA